UGAAGGGGGCUCUCUUGGGGUCCUUGCCAUCCAUCUCCCUUGGCCAACACAGGCUUGAAGUUCUUUGCAUGGAGCACCUCCUGCAUCCUCGACCCAGGGACAGCCCCAGGCCUGGCACAAAAGCACUGUCAUCAACAGAUUGGCCAGAGAUAACCCGUGGCCCACUGGGUUUUGCUCCAAGUCCCAGGGCCUUUGCAGAAUCCCCAGAUCCUAAAUCUCUGCUUUGGCCAUCAGCCCUUUUGCUAUGGGGUGAAAGUAUUGUGUGAUGCUUUCUCUAGAUAUUGCAUCAUUAUAUUUAUGUGUGUAUUAUAUAUCUGGUGACAGUAUAGCUAGUGACAAGGGGCUGCACACACUGACUUCAUACCUUCCCUCUGUCAAUGCAAAGUUGAAAGUGGAGAUCGCAGCUCACACUUGUUUUUGGUGCUUGUUCUGGAAGAACAAGGUAAAGCAACAGAGAGAACAAAUCAAGUCUGAGUGCGAGAAGCUGCGUCGCUUUGUGAGCGAGGAGGAGCAGCGGCUUCUGCAGAGACUGGAGGAGGAGGAGAGGGAGACUCUGCAGAGCCUGGAGGCGAACGUAGCCGAACUCUCCCAGCAAAGCUCCUCUCUGCGCACGCUGAUCUCGGAGAUAGAGGAGAAGAGCCGGCAGACACCUGCUGAGCUGCUGAAGGAUGUGAAAAGGACCUUGGACAGGAGCAAGGAUGUGAAGCUUGAGGAAGCAAAAGCUGUUUCCACAGAACUGAAGACCCCGUGCAGCGUCCCAGGGAUGGUGGAAAUGCUAAGGAAAUUCAAAGUGGACGUGACUCUGGACCCAGGGACGGCUCAUCCCAACCUCGUCCUGUCUGAGGAUCGGAAACGUGUGAGACUCGGAGACACCCGACAGGAUCUGCCCGACACCCCUGAGAGAUUUGACCCUUGUGUCUGUGUCCUGGGCUCGGAGGGGGUCACGGGCGGGAGGCGCUACUGGGAGGUGGAGGUGGGAGACAAGACGCGCUGGGCCCUGGGCGUGUGCAGGGAGUCUGUGCGCAGGAAGGGGUGGGUCACAUGGUUAACUCGCGAUGGAUACUGGGUCGUGUGGCUGUGGUAUGGAGGAUACAAGGCCCUCACCGUCCCCAUGACCCCCCUCCCCGUGCGCGUGCGGCCCAGGUGGGUGGGGGUUUUCCUGGACUACGAGGGGGGCGAGGUCUCAUUUUACAACGUGACCGACAGGUCCCAUCUCUUCACUUUCACUGACACCUUCUCCGGGAUCCUGCGCCCUUACUUCAGUCCUGGUGUCAAUGCUGGGGGCAGCAACGCGGCUCCCCUGACCCUGUGCCCGGUCCCAGCCCAGCCCUGAGGGAAUCCCUGUCCCUGCCAUGACCCGCGGGGGGCACAGACUGUCCCCUCCCCGCGCCCCGACUGCCACCCCUCGGUGCCCCCGGGGUGGGGGCAGGGCUGGGGUCUCCAUCACAAGAGCUGCUCCAGCCUGGACCCUGCUGCUGCCCUGGCCCAGGGCUCGUCUCCCAAUCCGCACACGCACAGCACCCCGCUGGGAGGGACCGGCUCCAAACUCUCAUCCUUCACUUCCAGAUCCCUGCAGUCCCUCGGGGUUUUACUUGGUUACUUUGUUCACCUCUCUCAGCACUUUCCCCCUUUCCCCUGCCCUCCCUCCAUUCCCUUUUUUAUUUAAAAUAAACACGUCUGCAUCGCACACCUGCUCUC